AACUCUUCCUUGUCAUCUUCAUACUCUCUCCCUCCCUCCCUCUCUCUCCGGUACACUGACAUCCCACAAGAGAGGGAAGGAGAGACAGAGAGAGAGAGACGUUUCUUUCUUCACUAUCAUUAUAUUAGAUUUUCGGGGUGGUUCUUGAGAAAGAGAUGGGCCGAUCCCCGUGCUGCGAGAAGAUAGGGUUGAAGAAAGGGCCAUGGACGCCGGAAGAGGACCAGAAGCUGGUGGCUUACAUCGAGCAACACGGCCACGGGAGCUGGCGCGCCUUGCCCGCAAAAGCCGAUCUUCAAAGAUGUGGGAAGAGUUGCAGGCUGAGGUGGACAAAUUACCUGAGACCAGAUAUUAAGAGAGGAAAGUUUAGUCUUCAGGAAGAGCAGACCAUCAUUCAACUCCAUGCUCUUCUCGGGAACAGAUGGUCGGCGAUAGCGACUCACUUGCCCAAACGCACGGACAACGAGAUCAAGAACUACUGGAACACGCAUCUGAAGAAGAGGCUGGCGAAGAUGGGGAUCGACCCCGUGACUCACAAGCCCAGGAACGAUGCCUUCGGCUCCGGCCACGCCAAGGACACGGCGAACAUCAGCCACAUGGCUCAGUGGGAGAGUGCUCGGCUGGAGGCGGAGGCCAGGUUGGUCCGGGAGUCCAAGCUCGCCUCCAACCCUAGCUGCCACAGUAACAACCAGCCCGGCUCCUUGGUCGUGGCUCAAAAAGCCAUGGCGCCCCCGCCGCCGCCAUGUCUCGACAUACUAAAUGUUUGGCAAAGCGCAUGGACCAAGUCCUCAGACAACGUGACCUUCCAACUCGACGAUCUCGAGUCGCCGACGUCCACCCUGAACUUCUUGGACAGCCCAAUGCCGAAAUCCGCCGUGAGAUUCAACCAAGCUCCAUCGGGAGCGCUCGAGACGGCCAGAAAAUCAAUGAUGAUCUCUGGCGAGCGCCAGAUCUUCAAACAAGACGGCGGGAGCAACAGCAGCAGCGGCAACAACACCAACUACAGCGGGCGCGAAUGCAUGGAGAAAGCAGACCCGACAUCGCCGGGGCUCCGCGGCUUGCCGCCCACCUUCUCGAAAGAGGGCGGCGACGGCGCGUGGGUGGAAGUCGAAGACUCGUUCAGGGCCGGUCAGAGCGACGUCGCGUCGAUCGCGCUCGUGAUGGACGGCCUCUCGGAGAUCUUCGGCUACGGCUGCACCGACCAAACCUCGUCCGUGGCUUGUCAUGAAAACCCUAAUAACAGCACUAACAAUAGCGCGAACACCAGCUGCGGCGGCGAGUUCGAAGAGAACAAGAAUUAUUGGGACAGCAUUCUUAAUUUGGUCAGUGCCUCACCAGCUGGUUCGCCAGUUUUCUAGAAAGAAAGGCAGAGAGAGAGAGAUGGUGGUCGGAGUCAAUGGUGGGUGUGGAAGAUUUAGUAGGAUUGUAGUGCCAUCAUGUCUGCAUGAAACGAAGGGCUUAAGAAUAAGAGAUCCUUCGAAUUAACCUUAGCGCUUUUAGACA